ACGAGGAAGAGAAUGUACGGCAGGCGAUUAAAUCGUUUCAAUCGAACGCUCCCUAGUGGCCAACCAAACGAAAGGCGUCAAAUUUCGCUCCACAAGUUUCCAUUUCACACCUUGCCCGCCAUUGUUACCUUCCUCCGUCUCUGCUCCGAUUCAGCCUUAUCAUGCUCUGAUUAACCUCAUGAACUCCAACGCUUCGAAUCCAAAUCCUUCUAUGGCGACUUCCACUGCUGCUGAUUCCUCCGGCAAGAAGGUUCGCAAGCCCUACACCAUUACCAAGUCUAGAGAGAGCUGGACUGAAGAAGAGCACGAUAAAUUCCUCGAAGCUCUUCAGCUGUUUGAUCGUGACUGGAAGAAAAUUGAAGAUUUUGUAGGUUCAAAGACAGUUAUUCAGUCGAUGCUGCAGAUUCGGAGUCACGCCCAAAAGUACUUUUUGAAAGUCCAAAAAAAUGGAACGAUAGCACACGUACCUCCCCCACGCCCAAAACGCAAGGCUUCACAUCCUUAUCCACAAAAGGCAUCAAAAAAUGUUUUGUUACCGUUGCAAGCAUCAAUGGGUUAUCCUUCUUCAGUUAAUACCCUAACACCUGGAUAUUCUCCUUGGGACGAUGCGUCGAUAAUGAUUAACCCUUCUUUGAGCAAAAUCAUGCAACCACAAGAUGAAUUUACAAAUUUUCACAGAUCUGAAACUGAUAUUGCAUCGGAAGGGACACCAAUGAUCAGUAGUAGCAGCCUCAAUGGUAUGGGAAGCCCUGAUAUGGGAAAGCAGGGAAAACAAGCUCCUAUGCUUCACGGUAUACCAGAUUUUGCUGAAGUUUAUGGCUUCAUUGGUAGCGUUUUUGACCCAGACAGUAAAGAACAUGUGAAUAAACUCAAGGAGAUGGAUCCUAUCAACUUCGAAACAGUUUUGUUGUUGAUGCGAAACCUCAGUUUUAAUUUGUCCAGCCCUGACUUUGAACCACUCGUUGCAAGCUGCUGCUGUUUAACAUAGGGAUCAAACAAAAUCUAUACUCUUGAGGGAAAACAUUCUGAAGGCUCUGGUUGAUACUCAGUUUUGGAAUUGAAUAGUAACUUGUUCUCCUCACAUGGUUAAGCAUUUGAAAACGUUCUAAACGGUUUCUAUAUCGUCUUAACUGAUUUGUUUCAGAGAACUGUGUUGUCAACCUAUGAUGUCAAUACAAAAACAGUAGCAGUCACUGCAGGAAUGCCUACAAAGAAGCAUGCUGAUGAUAUAUCCUGUUGAAUUACCUACUACCUAAAAUUAGCUCAUUACCUUGUAUCAGCUCUUAUCUACUCUGCCUAUUACUUGUCGAAGUCAGAGCGUUGGAACACCCGAACAACGCCAGCUGCCAGCCAGGGCUGUUAGAGAAGAUUGUAUCAAAAAUUGGUCUCCAUUGAUUCUUUUGAGGCUCUAUGGAUCCUCCUCUUUGGCACCUUACCAAGGCUCAUAUUUCGGGUUUGGCCUAUAACCAAAUGUAUAUUGUUGUAAGAUCUGUUUGAUGAAUUUUGUCAUGUGCUAAUAAAAGUACAGCCCCGUUAACUGUUUGCAAGGGUGCUCGAUCGGGCUGUUGAACCAAAACAUGGCUCGAUCUCAGAGUGGUAUUGGAUAGGCGAUCUUCUUAUAGGCGAUCUUCUUGUGCUUGUAUCGUUAGAAAUGAGUGUAAAUUGCUGUUGUUCUUAGUGAAGUUCACCUGUUUUGUAAGUGGCCUUUUUUUCCAGAAAGAAUGAAAUGGGUUAGUACAUAUAAAAGAAACGUGUUUCU